AUGUCCAAAAUUAUCAGACAAAAGAACUUUCUAAAUGUUAUUUCAUACACAACAAAGAAGCCACAGGUACUUAUCGAUGCUAGUAAGUACCAAGGUAUCAGAUUAACCUUUCAAGUAGAGAACCAUAGCGGCCACAUGGGUCCUCGUAUGUUAUGGAGAAAAUAUUUACCAACUUUGCAAUUCUAUAACCCAAACCUCAAGAUUGAUAUUAUAAGGGUUUAUAAUAAGAAUAAAGCCAAAAACGUUCCUUGUAUAUUAGAAGUUCUCGAUAAGACUGGAAACACAGUAGAGACAAUCGAUAUGAAGAACAGAAUGUACGACACUAUUAUGGAUGAAUUCUUAAAUAAAGUAGAACAUAAGGUAAUUCCAGAAGAAGAAUUAAUCCAUGUUUAA